GCAAUUAAUUGAUAUAUAGGAGUAUCGCAUAAAGCUAGGGAAUUGAAGUAGUGUUAUUUGUUCAUUAAUCAUAUCAUGGCCGCUUCGGGAUUAUUAUCAUCACCAUCACUUGUUUCUAUUUGUGACAAAUCCUUCAUCAAACCUUCUACUCUCACCCCUUCUACACUUAGACUUCACAAGCUAUCUUUCGUCGAUCAGUCCGUCAGUAAUAUGUAUAUUCCUGUGGCCUUGUUUUACCCUAAACCGCAAAGAGAAGAGUCAAACAAUUCUAAUCUUUCCCACAUAGCUGAUUUGUUGCAGACAUCUCUGUCACAAACUCUAGUCUCUUACUAUCCUUACGCAGGAAUAUUGAGAGACAAUGCUACUGCUGAGUGUAAUGACAUGGGAGCUGAGUUCUUGAGUGUUAAAAUAAAUUGUCCCAUGUCUGAAAUCCUUAACCAUCCUCAUGCAACUGAUGCAGAGAGUAUAGUUUUUCCAAAGGACUUGCCUUGGAAGAAUAAUUAUGAAGGUGGUAAUUUACUUGUGGUUCAAUUAAGUAAGUUUGAUUGUGGGGGAAUAGCCAUUAGUGCAUGUUUAUCGCAUAAGAUUGGCGAUGGUUGCUCUGUGAUUAAUUUUCUUAAUCAUUGGGCUAAUGUCACUCGUGAUCGUAGAUUUGUAGUUCCUUCUCCUAGAUUUGUAGGAGAUUCUAUUCUCUCUUCAACAUCUCUGUCACAAACUCUAGUCUCUUACUAUCCUUACGCAGGAAUAUUGAGAGACAAUGCUACUGUUGAGUGUAAUGACAUGGGAGCUGAGUUCUUGAGUGUUAAAAUAAAUUGUCCCAUGUCUGAAAUCCUUAACCAUCCUCAUGCAACUGAUGCAGAGAGUAUAGUUUUUCCAAAGGACUUGCCUUGGAAGAAUAAUUAUGAAGGUG